AUGCAGGGACUGCUGAUUUUGAGUGUGCUGCUGGGGGCUGCCCUUGGCAAAGAGGACUUUGUGGGGCACCAGGUGCUCCGAAUCUCUGUGGCCGAUGAAGCCCAGGUGCAGACGGUGAAGGAGCUGGAGGACCUGGAGCAUCUGCAGCUGGACUUUUGGAGGGGCCCUGCCGGGCCAGGCUCCCCUAUCGAUGUCCGAGUGCCCUUCCCUAGCAUCCAGGCCGUCAAAGCCUUCCUGGAGGCCCACGGCAUCAGAUACACAAUCAUGAUCGAGGACGUGCAGUCGCUGCUGGACGAGGAGCAGGAGCAGAUGUUCGCCUCCCAGAGCCGGGCCCGCAGCACGAACACCUUUAACUACGCGACCUACCACACCUUGGAGGAGAUUUACGACUUCAUAGACACACUGGUGGCCGAGUACCCACAGCUCGUCAGCAAGCUCCAGAUCGGCAGCAGCUACGAAGGCCGUCCCAUCUACGUGCUGAAGUUCAGCACUGGGGGAAACAACCGUCCAGCCAUCUGGAUUGACUCGGGCAUCCAUUCCCGGGAGUGGAUCACCCAGGCCAGCGGCGUCUGGUUUGCAAAGAAGAUCACACAAGACUAUGGCCGGGACCGGGCUUUCACCGCCGUUCUUGACAACAUGGACAUAUUCUUGGAGAUCGUCACCAACCCUGAUGGUUUUGCCUUCACCCACAGCAAGAAUCGACUGUGGCGCAAGACUCGCUCACUCACGUCGGGGUCCACGUGUGUUGGGGCAGAUGCCAACAGGAACUGGGACGCUGGAUUUGGGAAGGCAGGAGCCAGCAGCAGCCCCUGCUCGGAGACUUACCAUGGCAAGUAUGCCAAUUCCGAAGUGGAGGUCAAGUCCGUCGUGAACUUUGUGAAAGACCAUGGGAACUUCAAAGCCUUCAUCUCCAUCCACAGCUACUCCCAGCUCCUUCUCUAUCCCUAUGGGUACAAAACAGAAGCACCUGCAGACAAGGCUGAGCUGGAUCAGGUGGCUAAGUCUGCUGUUGAGGCCCUGGCCUCUCUGUAUGGGACCAAGUUCAAGUAUGGCAGCAUCAUCACAACAAUUUACCAAGCCAGUGGAGGCAGCAUUGACUGGAGCUACAACCAGGGCAUCAAGUACUCCUUCACCUUCGAGCUCCGGGACACCGGGAGCUAUGGCUUCCUGCUGCCGGCUUCCCAGAUCAUCCCCACAGCCCAGGAGACCUGGCUGGCACUUCUGACCAUCAUGGAGCAUGUGCUGAAUCAUCCCUACUGACCUGGCCUUUCAACACUCUCUUCCUUCUCUUCUCCGGCCCCACCCAGGCAACCAAAUAAAG